AUGAGCGCUCUCGAACGCAUUCUCUCGCGCCCUGUCGCCAAACCGUACCGGUCCGGAAAGAUUGAUCCGAGUGCCAAACCCUAUCUGAACGAAAACGGACUGCUCGACUUCGCCCCCGGCGACGUGGAAAACCCCAAAGAAUGGUCGACUGGUCGCCGCUGGUACUGCACCACUGUCGCAGUCCUCCUCGUUGUGAACGCCACCUUCGCUUCUUCGAGUCCUUCUGGGUGCCUCGUUGGCAUUGCUGAGCACUUCCAGGUGUCAAGAGUGGCAGCCGGGCUAGUCAUCACCCUGUUCCUUCUGGGCUACUGUGCGGGUCCUUUAAUAUUCGCUCCGCUGUCCGAAUUUUAUGGCCGACGUUGGGUAUUCUAUGGUUCCUUCACUGGUUACUUGGCUUUCAACUUCCUCUGCGCCUUUGCUCCCAACUUCGGUGCACUCCUCGUCGGUCGCCUGCUCACUGGGACAUUCUCAAGCGCCGCUCUGACCAACGCUCCUGGUGUGCUUGCCGAUGUUUGGGGGCCGGUCGAGCGAGGAAAUGCAAUGGCGGUCUUCUCGAUGAUGACUUUCGUGGGCCCGGCUGUUGGCCCUGUAAUCUCAGGGUUCCUUGAGCUCAAGAAGGAUUGGAGGUGGAGUUUCUAUGUCCUGCUGUGGCUCGGGGGAUUCACCGAGCUUCUCAUGUUUACCAUCCCGGAAACGUUCCCCUCCACGGUCUUGGUGAACAAAGCACGGCGCCUGCGUGCAACCGGCAUCCCAGAGUACCAAAAUAUCCAGGCUCCCGCUGAGGCCCAGGGCCGGAAACUGGCAGAUAUCUUCAAAGUCGCUUUGAUCCGACCUUGGCAAAUUCUCUUCGACACGAUCUCGUUAUUGGUCGCUGUCUACCUUUCAGUGGUGUACCUACUUUUGUACAUGCUCUUCACGAUAUACCCGAUCGUCUUUCAACAGAAGCGUGGCUGGAACUCUGGCGUGGGAGAACUUCCACUGAUCGGUACGGCCAUCGGUUCAUGCAUUGGGGGGGCCUUUAUCUUCUAUGUGUCCUCGCGAGACAGGAAAAAGAUGGAAGCAGGAGUCCCUCGGCGACCGGAGGACCGCCUGACAGUUGCCAUGGUCGGUGGCGUGCUCUUCGCAAUCACCAUGUUUUGGUUCGCAUGGACUGCCAACUUCAACAGCGUGCAUUGGUUUGUGCCAACUCUCGCCGGCACACUGCUCUCCACAUCCAUCAUGUUGAUCUUUGUUUCUUAUCUGAAUUAUCUCACCGACACUUAUCUGAUGUACACGGCCAGCGCCAUGGCCGCAAACACAAUCUGCCGAUCUGCAGCGGGUGCCGCCGCUCCGCUAUUUACGCAGCGAAUGUUUGACGUUCUCGGAGUUGGUGGCGGGGGAUCUUUGAUCGGUGGCGUUGCACUCCUCCUAGCGCCAAUCCCAUUCAUCUUCUACAAGUACGGGGAACCCAUCCGCAAAAGAAGUCGAUUUGCGCCCACUCCAUCGGCUCCACCGGCUCCUUCGACUGAUGAAGAGAAGCAGACCCCUGACCCUGUUGGGCCACUUCAAGUCCACACCUCAGAGUCAGAAACAACACUACCCAGCUCUGCUAGGAGCAGUAAAGGGUCUUUGGCCGCUGCCUCCGAUAGCCCACCGGUGACUGAGAAACGACAUGAAGCAACCACACUCACCAAUACGCCGAAAUUAAGCUCCACGUAG